UUACGUUGUUACGUCUAUGCGUCAUUACGCCGUCCAAGUCCUUCUUCUGUGUGCGUGCUUCGCUUCCCCGUGAGCCACAGACAUCAUGGCGUCCUUAUCGAUGGCCCCGGUCAACAUCUUCAAACAUGGAGCAGAUGAAGAAAGAGCGGAAACUGCUCGUCUGUCCUCUUUCAUUGGCGCCAUUGCAAUUGGAGAUCUGGUGAAGAGCACUCUGGGGCCGAAGGGGAUGGAUAAGAUCUUACUUAGUGGAGGAAAAAACAGCACAGUCACUGUAACUAACGAUGGAGCGACCAUCCUUAAAGCCAUCGGAGUCGACAACCCAGCGGCCAAAAUUCUUGUUGACAUGUCGAAGGUUCAGGAUGAUGAAGUCGGAGAUGGGACGACCUCGGUCACCGUCCUCGCUGCAGAGCUGCUGCGGGAGGCGGAGCUUCUGAUAGCCAGGAAGAUUCACCCUCAGACGAUCAUCUCCGGCUGGAGGAAGGCGACUCAGGCGGCCAGAGAGGCUCUGAGAGACGCUGCUGCCGACCACAGCAACGACCCGGCUCAUUUCCAGGAGGACCUGCUGAACAUCGCCCGCACCACGUUGUCCUCCAAACUACUGACUCACCACAAAGACCACUUCUCUAAGUUGGCCGUGGACGCCGUCAUGAGGCUGAAAGGCUCCGGGAACCUGGAGGCCAUCCAUGUCAUCAAGAAGCUGGGAGGCAGCCUGACCGACUCCUACCUGGACGAAGGUUUCCUGUUGGACAAGAAGAUCGGCGUGAACCAGCCGAAGAGGCUUGAGAACGCCAACAUCCUGAUCGCCAACACUGGCAUGGACACGGACAAGAUCAAGAUCUUCGGUUCCAGAGUUCGUGUCGACUCCACAGCGAAGGUUGCAGAGAUCGAACUGGCAGAGAAGGAGAAGAUGAAGGAGAAAGUCGACCGGAUCCUAAAACACGGCAUCAACUGCUUCAUCAACAGACAGUUGAUCUACAACUAUCCGGAGCAGCUGUUUGCUCAGGCUGGCGUCAUGGCAAUUGAGCACGCCGACUUCGCCGGCGUGGAGCGCCUCGCUCUCGUCACCGGCGGGGAGAUCACCUCCACCUUCGACCACCCGGAGCUGGUGAAGCUGGGUCACUGCAAGCUGAUCGAGGAGGUGAUGAUCGGGGAGGACACGCUCAUCCACUUCUCUGGAGUCUCUCUGGGUGAGGCGUGCACCGUCAUCCUCCGGGGAGCGACUCAGCAGAUCCUGGACGAGGCCGAGCGCUCGCUACACGACGCUCUGUGUGUGUUGGCUCAGACCGUGAAGGAGCCACGCACCGUCUACGGAGGAGGCUGCUCUGAGAUGCUGAUGGCCAAGGUGGUGACUGAUCUGGCCAAUAGGACGCCAGGAAAGGAGUCGGUUGCCAUGGAGUCAUUUGCUAAGGCUCUGAGGAUGCUGCCGACCAUCAUUGCAGACAACGCUGGCUACGACAGCGCCGAUCUGGUGGCCCAACUGAGGGCCUCACACCAAGACAACAAGACCACCUUUGGACUGAACAUGUCUGAGGGCACGUUAGGAGACAUGGUGGAGCUCGGCAUCACCGAGUCGUUCCAGGUGAAGCGUCAGAUGCUGCUGAGCGCCUCCGAGGCGGCCGAGAUGAUCCUGAGAGUGGACGACAUCAUCAAAGCUGCACCCAGGAAGAGAGUCCCCGACCAACACCCCUGUUAGAAGCCGACGAUGGACAGGGGAGGGCUGACUUUUAUUUAUCACCUCUGUGUAGUUCAAAUUCAAGAAAACGCUCCAGUUUUUGUUUCCACGUUGUUAAACUGUCACUGUGGACGCACCGCGCAGGCUAGCUGGCCGCCGACAACGUUUAGAAGAGAAGUUUGGACGUUGUUUGUUUUGUUUACUAAAAUAAAUGAACUAAUAAUUAA